AUGCUGAAUAACCCUAUACCUUCCAAUCUGAAAUCGGAAGCAAAAAAGGCUGCUAAAAUAUUAAGAGAAUUCACAGAAAUAACUUCCAGAAAUGGACCAGAUAAGAUCAUUCCUGCCAAUGUAAUUGCUAAAGCUAAAGGUCUCGCAAUUUUGUCUGUGAUAAAAGCUGGAUUUCUGGUAACCGCAAGAGGAGGCAGUGGGAUCGUAUUGGCUCGUCUUCCAGAUGGAAAAUGGUCUGCACCUUCAGCCAUUGGGAUAGCUGGUCUUGGUGGAGGAUUUGAAAUAGGAAUUGAGGUAUCAGAUUUGGUAAUCAUUUUGAAUUAUGACAGAGCAGUAGAAGCCUUUGCAAAAGGUGGUAACCUAACACUCGGAGGGAAUUUUACUGUGGCAGUUGGGCCCUUGGGAAGAUUUUAUUGUCAAGAUAUUCGCGCUUAUGACAUUUUAUUUGGAGGUAUCCCACAGCCGGCUCAAGCAAAAGAUCUUUAUGAAAUUCUUGAUUCCUUUACCGAAAAGUAUGAAAAUGAAGAACAACGAAUUAAUGCAAGAAAAGCAGAAAGGGAAGAGAAGAAGGCUUCCGCUAAAGAAAUACCUCCAAAACCAUUGACAAGGCCACAGCCAUCAUCUGUACCAGUCCAGCUGAACUCUGGCUCUCAAAGCAAGUCACAACAACCAAUAGAAGUGACGGCAUUAUAUUCUUUUGAAGGACAGCAGCCAGGAGAUUUGAAAUUUCAAGCUGGGGACAGGAUCACAGUUAUAUCAAAAACUGAUUCACACUUUGAUUGGUGGGAAGGAAAACUUCGAGGUCAAACUGGCAUUUUUCCAGCCAACUAUGUAACUAUGAAUUAA